GUUUUUACAAGUUUAGUUUAUCCCGCAUUCUCAGAGACGAUGUUUUUGCUGAAUCUUCCUGAUGAGCUACUCUUGCUUGUGAUCUCGUACCUGGAUGGCUGCUCCCUUUAUUGCUUAUCACGCGCAGAGAGAAAGCUGAAAGCUCUCAUCGGCAAGCGUACAAUUGCUACCCCUACAGCCGCCUUUUUCGAAGCUAUGAGAUGCAAUUAUGCUGAGAUCGUCAAAUUUAUCGUCCACAAUGAUUGGGUAUCUACAUUGAAUUUAGAAAUUGCGGCUUCGGAGGCAUCAGAAAGGGGCAAUCUAGAGGCUGUCAAAGCGUUGCUUGAUCUGGGGCCCUAUACUGAUUAUUCAGAAGCACUGUGGGCAGCUGCAGAGAAUGGCAAGGAGGAUAUAGUUGACGUUAUUCUUCGAUGGGAUAGAGAUAACGUCAUACCAGAACGCUGGAGACGUCUGCGGCUACCAUUUGAAAUAGCCAAAAAAAAGGCAGUGAGAAACCUCCUCAUCCAACAUAGUCCAAAGGCUGCACUUCCACAUAUGGUCCUAGGAAAUCACAUCGAGGAAGUUAAAGGAAUUCUGGAGGCUGGGACACUUUCCCAGGAACCCGAAAUAUUGGACAUUGCCACAUCUUACGGUACAAUGGAUAUGGUUCGACUUCUACUGGCUUAUGGUUAUCACAGCCAGCAUGCAUAUAUGAUAGCAAUUCGCAAAAGCAAUCUCGAAUUGGCAGACCUGUUGAACGGAGACCCAAAUGCAAUGCUGAGAGGUGAACGACCACUACAUGUGGCUGCGCGGACGUCCUCUGCUGUUAGUAUCACAUAUCUCCUUGCCAGCGGUGCCGACCAAACACUACUGGACGAACACCACCAAAGCGCCUUCGAUAUUGCGAUAGGAAAAGGGGAUGAAUUGGCCAUUCGCGCAUUCAACCAUAAUCGUCAUAGAUACCCGGUAAGAAAUCGGAAGCGCUACGCACCGGAAAGCCGCAACGAAAAAGGAAAGCGACGUACCAUCGGACAAUUACACUAAUAGAGUUCCGAAUUGAGCUACGGGAGACACUCG